UAUGUGAUGUUAUCUGGUGAACUGGUCUUUCUGUUGAAAUCAUGUGAGCACAUUGUGCAUGUGUGUUUCCAAAGAUAAAUCACGACAAACCGAGAUUAAUACUUCUGCAUUCCAUCGAAGUGUGGUACAAAAUCGAUUAAUUUGAUUAUAAUUAAUUUUUUAAUUGGUUCAUCCAUAUCAUAAGCACAAAAACUUUCCAAGUUGGUAUGUGUUUCAAUUCACGCACUGUCAUGCAAUGGUGUUUUUACUCAGUUUAAGAACAACUUUCCAAAGCCACCACAGUCGUUUUCACAAAUUUUUCCCGUAUUUAUUUAAAUCCCAAUCAUCUAUUCCAAUCCCCCUGAACAAGAAUCAACGCUGCACUUCCUCAGCAUUAUCGUUCCGAAAUUUUUCUUCUGGUCGCAUCAUGUCAAGUCAAGAAAAUCUUAUUUUGAAGGGAAAGCUCGAUCACUACAAUGGCAUGACCAUUGACUGUGAUUCAGUGCCUGAAGAGGGACUUCCAUUCGCCCAACGACUGGAAGAGUCAUUGAAAAAGUGGGCAGCAGAAAAUGUGCGAGGAGUAUGGUUUCAUGUAAGCACCAAGCGCGCUGACUGGAUUCCAGUUUUAGUGAAGAAUGGUUUUAAUUUUCAUCACGCAUCCAUAGAUACUUCAACUCUGACACUCUGUCGCUGGCUGCCUCAAAAUGCAGCAUCACACAUUCCAGUGUAUGCACACACUAUGGUUGGAAUAGGAGCGGUUGUUGUUAAUGAAGAAAAUGAAGUUUUAACAGUGAAGGAGAAAUAUGGUCAAAGAAUACAGUGGAAGCUCCCUGGAGGCUAUGUUGAACCUGGUGAAGAUUUAGCUGAUGCUGUUGUGAGAGAAGUAAUGGAAGAAACGCACAUUGAAACAAAAUUCGUCUCCCUCUUAUCUUUACGACACAUGCAUCAAGCAAAAUUUGGUUGCUCAGACUUCUACUUCAUUGCCCAUCUUGUUCCUCUAUCCAAAGACAUUAAAAAAUGUGAUCGAGAAAUUGAGGACUGCGUCUGGAUGAAGAUUGAUGAAUAUUUAAACCAUCCGGAGGUACACAUCAAUAACAAGUUUUUCGUGCAGAAGUAUGUAGAAAACAAGAAGAAUAACGUAGCGUUUAUCGGUAAAAAAUCGCACCAUCCUGUAACGAAGAAGGAGCAAUACAUUUUUGCAAUUGAGUCAACGCAAUGAAAGCCACUGAGAGGCUUGCAAAGGAUUUGAUCUGGUCGGUCAGAGUUUUUCAAACAUCCCAGAGACCUGUCAAUGUAGCCUUAAUUGUAUUUAAUUUUUUAAUUGCAAGAAAUCAUUAAAAAGGUAUUAAGGUAGCAUUACAAAACCGAAAUAUUUUUGUUUCAGAAAAAACACUUAUAUUUUUAUUAAUUUCCUGUCCUAAGUUACCAAAAUAAUACUAAGGGUUAAAAAACUGGGUCCAGAAGUUUUAUUUUAGUUAUAAUUUUUUAAAUGUGUACAUCCGGCUAGUGACAAAAAAACAAUAGACCAAUAGACAGGGUAAAAAAUUAAGAAUCACAAUGUGUGUUACCUCUUCAAAAUUUUACAAACUAUAUGAUGGACGUAUUGAGACUUUCCAAAGUCAACUUAAAAGCUAGAAAAUAAUGGUUUUUGUCUAUGUCAACUCAGACAUCUCGUUUGCAGGUAAACCACUCAAGUUGAAUCAAGCACUGAUUUGAUUUCUGUAAGGAAGGAGUUUCUUGCGCGCUAACUUUUUUUCUUUUGAAAGAUUGAAGGUAUCUUGUAUCAGAAAAAGGAGAAAAUGCCUGUGAAACCAAGCUCUAGUUAUUUGCCCGAUGUACAAAGUGAUUUCACUGCGCAGUUUGGCACACAUUGCCUAUGGUUUUUUUUUUUUUUACAGUGAGGCACCGAUGUCUAUUUCUCUUUUACGAGUUAAAUUCAGAAUUUUUCAGUAUGUUUAAGUGUUCUAAGUUAAAUUUUGUUGAGAAAACAUGUACUGUAGUGCUCAAAUGUUUACCCUGCCAAGUAGUCCAUUUUUUAUUCGAAAAUUCUGAAGGUUCUGUGGAAGAUCAUGAAUCAUCUCAUUGAAAGUUUUUCUUUUCAAACUAAUUCCAAACAAAAAAUGUUAAGUACUGCAAUACUGUACAAUAAUUAUUGAAUCUGUUUUUACAACUAUCUAGCAUGAAAAACAAUCGAUAAUAUUUCCAAAUGUAAAGAUUUAUUAAAUGAUUCAAGUGUAACAGAAUGAAAUUUUGACUUUUACGGUCUCAUCUCUUAAGGUAAAAUUGAUUCUAAUGCAAUAAAAUGCAUAGAAGAGGAUACAAAGAGAGAAAAAUGUAUGUAUUAAAUUAGGAAAUUGCGGAGUAAAACUUGUUGCAAGAUUAUGCUCUCUGAUUGCAGAUUCAUGUGUAUAAAGUUAGGUUUUGGAUAUGAAUUUUUGCUUGAAGGUUACUCUUUUUUUUGGGUGCUGCAUUUUAGAUACACCGACAUUAGAACUAAUACUAAUCAAUAUUAACUGUUAGAUUCUUGUUAAAGCUUGCCACGAGUUGACAAGUGGCUGUUGCAUUAGGAGAUUUCUGGAUAAUUAUAAUUAGUUGCAGGAGCUGGCACCUUUUUCAGAGAGGAAGUGCAGGUUAUGAAAGUUUAAAAAAUUGUUACUGCUUAAGAGUCGAGAUUUUUCAGUGUGUAAUUCAAUGUUUUAAAUUCAUGUUUUGGGAUUCAUAAUUUAGUCUGCUGACAAACUUUACAAUUAGCCUUGUCAUAAUUUUUCAAGGCCUCUCACUGCGGGAGAAGCCAAUUGUAUUUGUCCCAGUUGCAUUAUUUUUAAGACAAUCAACAACUGUAACAUUUUUACAUUACGCUGAAAUGCUUUUUAAGGUUUAAACAUGGUAAUUGCAGAUGGAAAGAAUGCAAAGGUUUUUUUCAAGCACACUGCAUUUGUUCAAAUGUGAUAUUGAUUUUAAGAUUUAAAUUAAACUUUCAUAGAAGUUUUAA